GAUGCUGCUGUGGAUGAUGCAGUGUUACGGAAGAAAGAGCAGAAAGAUGUUGAACUCGAUAAGAAAAUCCUGGCGUUGCGGAAAAAGAAUGAAGCGCUUAUACGAAGAUACCAGGAAAUAGAAGAGGACAAAAAACGAGCGGAGCAGGAGGGAAUGGCGGUCACCUCCAGGAGACCCAAGCAAGACGGACUCACUAUUACCAUCACCAAAGCUCACAACGACCUGAAAGAUGCAAUUACCCAGACUGAACACUAUGGACAAGAUAGCCCAGCCCUCUCGAUGGACAAAAGGGUGGUGAGUGAGAAAUGGGGGAACCCUUGUCCUACGAGCCCUGGGUUCGGCAUUGAUAGCGAGGAAGAGGAGGAGGAGGAGGAAGCAGAUCAUAUGUUCACAUUCAGGAUGGGAAAGAGGAUGCAGCUGGCUGUUACCAUGGACAACAAAGCCAAGGGCAAGCGCAUCGUCAGUGAGAAACGUGCCGAGUGCUUCCCUGGCCCGGGCAGAGUACCAGACCUGAGCGAAGAAGAGACAGACCAUUUGGUGGCUUUCCGCCGGGGGAGGAGGAUGCAGAUUGCCAUCACCAUGGAUAACAAGGAAAAAGCAGAGGAGAGGAGAACGGCAGAAAAGAGGAGAUCAGACAGUGACAGAGGCCCAGAAAGUGAGCACGGCCGGAAGGAUGGCGGGAAGUUGGGGCAGAAGAGCCCUGGAGACCUGAGUUUCCCCAUGACUGGACGGGAACGCUCAGAGUACAUACGCUGGAAGAGGGAGCGGGAUCAGAUCGACCUGGAGCGACUGGCGCGGCACAAGAAUGCGAAGGGCGAGUGGCGACGGGCUUGGGAUGUGGAGAAGUCUGAGCACAUGUUUGAAGAGGACUUUGUUAAGGAUGGGGAGCCAGCCUUGGAUAAUCCCAGCAAUAAGAAAGGUGGAGGACAGCAUGGAGUGCAUGUGAGCGAUCCUGGUCCGAAAGCAGUGAGCAGCCGAGCCAAAGGAAAGGACAGACUGACGGGCAGAGCCAGGAGAUGGGAUGCAAAAGAAGGCGAGGACAUGCCUUAUCUGAAGGAUGAUCCUGACGGCCAGAGGAGCCUUGGUACUGACAAGUGGAAGAGCCGAGGUGAGGAGGGGGCGGAAGAGAAUUGCACAGCUGAGCUGGAGCAGAAGGUGAAACAGCCAAACUUCCAAGAUCCUGGGGCUUCCUCCUCACAAAGGCUCCGAAGCGGAAAGGUCCAGUCUGCCCACAAUGGCCAGAAAGAGGAGCGGAGAGGAGUGAAGGGCCUCGGCAUGGAGGUGUCUGUGCCCAGCCCAGGGGACUCAGAGCCAGGGCCCAAGGCAAGUAAGGAAGGCUUUGGGGAAGAUGCCAGCGGGAAGCCUGGCGCUGCUGAUGUCUCCAAGGAGAAGGAGAGCCCUAACAGCACUGCUGCACAGAGCAGCCUUCCAAGCACUGUGCAAGCCCCCAGGUGUGGCAGCGAGGAGACCUUGCCAUUGCCUGUGGGAGCGAAUUCAGAUGGAGCUGGCUUAGAGAAAAACAUGGCUUCAGAACAGGAGUCCACUGGGGACUCUUCAAACGGCCACAGAGGAGAGCUUGAACUAGCAGCGGGAGACAGACUGGAUGCAGGUGAAGGACAACUGGGGAGAAAAAGAGGGGAAGAGGUGACCCCCGACAUGGCCCUUCAGGGGCAAACGCUUGCACUGGAAGGUGAAGACACUGAAGGCACCGAGCGUGGAGGAGAGCCUUUGCCCCCAAGGAAAGCCAGCUCUGACAAGACUGUUGUGUCUGAGCAGGACACAGCAAACUCGCAGUCCGGGGAAGGGGAGCAGCCUGUGGAUUGCAAGGACAAGGACAGUGGAGACAGCCCCAACUAG